GAGACUCAGAAACUGAGUAAGAGUUCCAAUAAGGACUUUUACAGUAGAUUGACUUGACCUGAGAUUAACCAGGGAAUCUUGAGAAUAAAGAUGAAUUCUGAAAAUAGUUUCAUAACAGAAGACAGCUCGUUGCAUCUGGAAAGAGGACAAGAAGAUACUACCACCAGUCCCCAUUUUGCUAAACACCAUGAAGGGUCCCUUCAAGUUCCUAUCCCGUGUGCUGUUCUGAAUGUGGUCUUCAUCACCAUUUUAAUCAUAACUCUCAUUGCCUUAUCAGUGGGCCAGUACAAUUGUCCAGGCCAAUCCAUGUUCCCAAUGCCAUCAGACAGCCCUGUUUCUUCAUGCUCAGAUGACUGGGUUGGCUACCAGAGGAAGUGCUAUCUUAUUUUCACCAGUACAGGGAACUGGAACUCAGCCCAGAAUGCUUGCUAUGAACUUGGUGCUACUCUUGCUGUCAUUGACUCUGAAAAGGACAUGAACUUUCUAAAACAAUAUGUAGGUCAAACUGAACACUGGAUUGGACUGAAAAAGGAAGCUGGUCAGACAUGGAAAUGGUCAAAUGGCAAAGAAUUUAACAACUGGUUCAACCUUACAGGGUCAGAGAACUGUGCUUUUCUGAACAGCACAGAAAUCAACAAUAAAGAAUGCGAAAACAAAUUACAUUGGAUAUGCAGCAAACCCUCCAAGUAA